CUUUGGAUAUAAAUAAUCAAUGUAUAUGCCAAAUGACACAGGCAUAUUUGAACAUGAAAACGAAUGAAAUAUGUUUCGAGUAGAUGUAAGCAAUUGUAUUGAUAGUUGAGACCCUUUUGACAUAUAUGUUUUUGCGGCCACGCGGAAGGAUUUCAUUCUCGAGCUGGGUCGACGCUUCCGCCCAGUUUUCCGAUGUUCAUUGCCCGAGUUGAAAAUGGAAUUCGAUUAAAGCAGAUGUCCAACAACUUCUUCGAGAAAAAUUUACUCACCGUUUUUGCCUAAUGUACUUCAAUUUCAUAAUUGAAAUUAGUUUGUAGGCCUGUCUUUUCCCCCCAGUUGUGGAGGUUAUAAUUCAACGUACACCGACACAUUGACGGAUCAACGCUGCAGCGCUUUUCAAGUGUUGUCCUGGACCUGAAGUUGGCGAGGGAACGCUCGAUAGCUAAAUACGAAUAACGUGCCAAAUGUCGGGUUUAUUUUGUAAAAAAUGUAGCAUCUGAACACAUUGGAUUUCGUGUUGGCGAAGAGGAUGUCGAAGCUAUGUAUUUUAUUCUGGUUGGAUUUUACUUCCAGGGAAGAUAAAAUGAAUCAUCGGUUGUCAUUCCUCCUGGCAAUUUAGUUACAGCUAGCUAGGCUACUUGGUUUUCCGAAAUAAAGCUCACUUAUGCAUGCACCACUGUAAGACCAUUUACUUUUAUCCAAUAUCUGGGUGUUUUAUGCAAAAGAAAAUGGUGAUAUUUGCGGUUUAUUUCCCCGCCGUCACUGCGUCCUCGAUGCUAUUGCCAGGAUUUGGAUCCCCUUGAGGAAAGAUGAGCGAAGAUUCGACAAAUCCAAACAACGAUGACAGUUAUGCGCGUGUGAGAGCAGUGGUCAUGACUCGGGAUGACUCCAGUGGUGGGUGGCUGCCUCUGGGAGGCGGGGGCCUCAGCUGCGUUACCGUCUACAAAGUCAGCCAGACAGCGGACAGCAACGGCAGCACCACAGACCCAAACACCACCACCACCAACCCCACAGCAGACUUCCUCAUCAAGGGGGAGAGGCUGAAAGACAAAUCGGUUGUUCUGGAGUGUAUUCUAAAGAAGGACCUGGUCUACAACAAGGUCAACCCCAUAUUCCACCAUUGGAGGAUCAAUGACAAGAAGUUUGGCCUGACCUUCCAGAGUCCUGCAGAUGCCAGGGCCUUUGAUAGAGGGAUCCGCAGGGCCAUCGAGGACAUCAACCAAGGCUGUCCUGCGUUUGGUGACUCGGACUCCCUGGAUGGAUUACAGCCCCUGUGUGAGGAGCCGCCCUCCAUCUGCACACCCAUGAAGGAGCCCUUCUCCCCCCUGAGUGUCCACAGUGUGGUGUCCACUGAGCCCUGCCGAGGCUGCUAUGUCCGUGCUCAGCCUUUUGACGAGUUCCCCUCCAGCAACCGGCGCUACCUGCCUCCUCAGGUCUCCUUCAAGUCGACGCGCCACGUGAGCUUUCACAUGGACGAGGAGGAGAUCGUUAGGAUCAACCCUCGCAAGGACGUUCUGAUCCGCGGUUACGAGGACUACCGCCACCCCUUCAUGUGGAAGCAUGAUGUGGAGCGAGAGGACCCCGACUUCCCCGCCUCCUUCCACAAACUGGACACCAAGAAGUGUGAGUACCUCUUCCCCGAGGGGCCGGGCAUGGAGUCCCACUCGGGCCCUGGGAGUAUGGGUAUGGACACAGGGCGAGGGCUGGGUAAAGACUCCUCCAUCAAGACCCAGCCCUCGCCGCUGCUCAAGUCCAAAAAAGGGCGGCGGCGGCGGGAGGAUGGUGAGCGUUCGCGCUGUAUCUACUGUCGGGAAAUGUUCAAUCAUGAGGACAACCGGCGGGGGCAGUGCCAGGACGCUCCAGACCCCAUCAAGCAGUGCAUCUAUAAAGUCAGCUGCCUGCUGUGUGCCGAGAGCAUGCUGUACCACUGCAUGUCCGACUCUGAGGGAGACUUCUCGGACCCGUGUUCGUGUGACACGGCCGACGAGCAGUUCUGCCUGCGCUGGCUGGCCCUGACGGCACUGUCCUUCAUCGCUCCCUGUAUGUGCUGCUACCUGCCGCUAAGAGCCUGCCACCACUGUGGGGAGGCCUGCCGAUGCUGCGGGGGCAAGCACAAGGCCGCCGGGUGACCUGACUGAACUCUGACCCCCCCUCACCCGGGACGACCUACCCACAACACAGCUAGCUAACACAGGAAAGCGGAAGCUUGUUUUUCCAUUCACCUCUCAAAGGGGGGUGACAUGUUGUUAUAGACCCCUGGCUCUGGAUAUCUUUUGGAGAUGUUUGUGUCCUCCGACGCAGAGAGCAACGGAAGACCGACCUCGUGCUUUUACGGGGCUCUGAGUGUGAAGUUAAGUUCAGGAGCUGAACGCGAGGAGAAGGCAUUGUGAUUAACAGACAUGGUGAUAUUACUAAACACACACUCACACUCGUACAUAAUACACACAGGCAGGCCACCAUGUCAGACUCUCUCUAGAAGUAAUGUGUAACUUUAUGAAGGAAUAACAAAUGAUGACAAAAAGAAAAGGAAACAAUUGUGUGGAAAGAAAACAUACUUAGUAUUCCAGUAUGCUGAAAGGGAUAUUUUCUUGCAUUUUUGUGAAAUUGCGUUUGGGUAACAGUGGCCUUUCCUUUGACUCGAGCAUUGGCCGACAGUGUAAUUAUUAGACCGAGAAAGUGCACCAGACAUGUUUUAUCCUCCCCCCAUAAAGGUAAACUUCACACAAUUCUAAUGGUACGUUAAACCAUAAGACCAUUCUUACAGAGUCGUUUAACAGUUCAGAGAUGUGGCUGUGGUGGAUGUGUACGUGUUUCCUUAUUUUGUACUAUUCAUCGAAUGUUGAACAAAAAAAAGAGCGUGAGGCCUUUAUCUUUUGACGGGUACAGGACGACAUAGCUUUUGACGUUCACCAUAGAUAAUGUUAGAAUUAUUUCCUUGUUUCGGUAAGGCGAUUUGGACCACUUAUUUGCAUUCCAACAUAAAGGGAUCGAUUCCAUGAGCAGAAGGGAAAACAUGGUAAUGUAUUUUGACUCCCCCCCCCCCCCCCCCCCAAAAAAAUAAAAAUGUUUUUCUCAAGUCAAGAGUUAAUGUUAACACUCCUUGAAUCACCUUACACGAAUGAGACCAAUACUUCACAAUUCCAUGUACUUUACCAGAUUUUCAAUUUUGACUCAAUCAAAUGUUUGCUUCAUGGUGAAACUGGUGUUUGUCUUCUUUUUUCUUGCUCAUUUUAUGUUUUGAAUUUAUAAAGCUGAAAUUUGACUCAACCAGCAAGUUUUUACAUGUAAUUUUGGUGACUAAAAUUAGGCUAGUUUUGGGAAAAACUAAAUACUUUUGAAUUAGUCGGCAACAAGAAAUCACCAAUUUUAAAACAUUUUUUUUUUGUGAGGAAAAACCCACCUUGAAAGCACUGGUCUCCAAGCUUUGGUUACAGCACCAUCUCCAAGUUUCAAAAGUACUGUAUGUCUGUCCCCUUGUGAUUGAAGCAUUUGUAAGAAUGAGUCUAAUGUACUGCUGUCAUUUUGCAGCUUGUUCACGGUAACUCCUAGAAUACAUCAUGUAACAUUUGCCCAGUCGUGAAUUAAUGGAUGCAUCGUUUUAAAGGUCACAGAAAGAAAGUACAUUUGGCUAUUGGUUAUUAAAGCAUAUGAGUAUGAUUGGUGCAUAAGCACAGGGAUCGUAGAAACUGCUCUGUUUUGACUAGUUGUAACAAAACAGACUUUGUUGAAUCCUGAUUGGUAGAUAUGAAGGUCCUUGUUCAAAUCUGUAAUUCACACAGAAGAACAAUAGCCACGAUAACAACCAAUGAAUGACUAGACAGACCCCCAGUUGUAUUAAUUUGAUACUGUGUCUCAAAAAGACAGUAUGAUAUUGCUAAUUCCACACAACAGCAUCAACUGUUGAUUUUAGACUGUCUGCCUGUGCACCUGAAUAAUGUUUGAGAACAAAGAGUCUUCUUUGAUCAUUUAGAUCAAACUGAUUAGAAAAUCGCCCUUCCCAAUUUGAAAACCUUGUCAUUACCGCCCUGUACCUUGGCCAGUAGAUAUGAACCCCAUCCCUCGGCCCGCCACUCCUCGAGAAAAGGAAGUGGCAACUCGGUCUUGUCUCCAGACUGGACAGGGGCAGUCAAUUUCUUCCAAAUCCCACCCUUAUGCCCCAUGCUGGGCACUCUUUACUUUCUAUGCAAACUCUUGACCAUGGGAAACAUAUAGACCUCUCUCCACACUGAGUCAGUGACAGGACACUUUAAUAAUGCUAUAUAGAUGUUACCCAGGUACCAAAAUCCAAAUGCCUGUAAAUAUGUAACACUAUAUUUAAAUACCUGAUAAUAAUCCCGUUUGGUUUUUUGGAAAUGAAGAUAGAGCUGUAUUUAUCACUGCUGUCAGCAUAUACUGUAGCUUCAAUUGACAGCAUUAUGUACAUAGGUCACCUUUUAGUAUUAUUUCACAUUGAAAAAUAGAGGGCGUUGAGGAUUUAAAUGACUAUUGCGUGUUGAAUAGAGUUUCUUUCUAGUUUUGUACCGAGGAAGGAAGGCUAGUGUGCUAACAAUGUCAAAGUAGUGGCAGUCCACUUAUUUUUAAAAAGUUUAUAUAUAAAGCUGCUAGAUACAAUCACUAAUUUUAUUGUGUUGGGAGGGAGAGAAAGAUCUGCUCUGAAAGACUGUUAAAACAAUAUCUAGUUCUCUGACAGCAUAUAACCAUGACCACGAGUGUGUGUUCUUGUGUGUUAGGCGUGUGCGUGUGUUCACCCAUUUUGGUUUGUUUGUCCAUUGCCUUUCUGUUCUCAUCCCAUAUUGUCAUUCGGAUUGCCCUGCAUAUUGCAAGCUGAACCAAGGUUUGAUGAACCUGAUUUUAAAAACUUGCUGGCUGAGAAGCAAAAUGUAGGAUGUACAUUUUUUUUUUUUACAAGUAUAGCUGAGAGAUACUGAAAUAGCCUGUUUCAUUCUGCAUUAACCAGCACAGUGCAACUCGCUAUCAUGUACUGUAUUAUAUAUGCAACGUCUGUCUGCUUUAAUAUAUAUCUUUCUUUACCUGUCAGUUAACUUUGCCAAUGUAAGACUUCAGUUUCUAACCACUGCUGCUAGUCUUAUUAUUCUUUCCUUCAAUCUUAAAGUUUGGAUAUCUUUGGAAUGCAUACAAAAUGUACAUUCUCCACUUUGUCUCGGUUCAAAUGAAAUGCCUGUAUGAACGUGUUUCUUCAGUGUGUUGCUUAGAAAGGUUACUUUUCACAGCAGUUUGAGUGGUCACUUUUACAUUCUCCGAUGCUUUGGUGCACUGAUAUAUGUAGAUUUUUUUUCCCCUUACAGCGCUUGAUGAUGUAAUAUUUUAUGUGAUUAGCUCUAAAUAGUGGGAAACAUUUGUGGGGUUUUUUGAAAAUCGCAGUAACAAUGGUACUCUAGUUGUUCUGUAAACACUGCCUGUUUAUUUUCUUUCUCGUGCAUCUUUUCUUUCGUUUUCUUAUAGUGCCAUUGGCUUCACACCCUGACAACCACCGGGGGGGGGUGCCUCACGUCCAUCAUAGUUUCCAUCUAAAACUUAACAGCUCUUGUCCUGGUUAUAUUGGUUUAUAUAUGUCUAGCUAUUUCUAUCAUGGUUUGAAAAUUCCAAGUAUAUGAUGUAAAAUGUAUAGUUCAAUAACUCAUGUCAUAGUUGUAUUUUCUUCAUACAGAUGUAGCUUGUUACUUUUCAUAAAUAUAUCAUGUAAAUAUGCAUACAUAUGUUUGUAACUGUUUUUGUUACAUCAUACACUUGUAAUUUGACAUAUCAAAUAACAUUAUCAUAAUAAAAUGGUGAGUUUUAAUCUU